CAGUUGAUAGAUUUCAAGUUAAAAAACGGAACUUAAGAAAACGCAUCAUAAUGCCAGGCGAUGAAAUUACAGCAGAAUGACCAACUUUCACCUAACACUUGCGAGGUGCGUACCUACGGCCCGUUGUAUUGUGAUCUGGAACGCUAAGGUAGAACCAUAGGUGUAGGGGUUGAAAUCCGCAUGACCCUUACGAUAUCUUACCACAAGGUCCAGCGAUUUGCCGUGUCCCUGUGGUAUAUAACACCGAUUCCCGGGGGAUGAAAGUCCAUUCCUAAUAGAAUUAGCGAAGUUACUUGUGUGAACAUUGUACGGGUCAAAGGGAGGUACAAGAGUAUCAUCGGAGGACAUUACAAAGUGUUCAAUAUUGCUCCAGCAGUGAUUUUGAGGAAAAGAUACAAGAAGAUGACUAACAGGGGACACCAGCUACCGGAUUCUUCGUCUUCGCCACCAAACUCACAGCAAUUUGGCUAUAGCGCAGGCGCUGGAGCCGGGGCAGACCUCUCCGACGACGAGAUGACCGACCUCCCCAGCUGCGCGUUCGCAUCCAGGCCAUCUUCAAAUUCCUCUGGGAUGCAACACCAUUAUCUGGCAUCGCUUCAUCAUUCCGCAGAUAGUCCUUGCAAUGGAGCCGGAGCGGGCGUGGGAGGAGUUCUGCCGCCAAGUGGAGGAGGUGGUACCGAAUAUUAUGGUUCCUCGCCUUACCGAGUCCAGAGACAUGCAGCCAAUAUCCGCGAAAGGAAAAGGAUGCUGAGCAGUAUAAACUCCGCUUUCGACGAGUUGCGCAUGCACGUGCCCACCUUUCCCUACGAAAAAAGGCUUAGCAAGAUUGACACCCUGCGAUUGGCUAUCGCGUACAUCGCGCUGCUCAGGGAGGUGCUCACGGCUGACUGUGAUCCGUUGACCUACGUCGAGAGGUGUCUCAGAGGCGAGAUCAAGGCGGAUAGGGCCAACUGGAAUACCAGCGAUUUAACUGCUAGAUUAUCGUGGAUAAACUGGGAAAACCUUGGAGUUUCUCCUGGCCGAAGAAGCGCUCUUACAUCUUUAGCUCUGUCGUCGGAAAAUGUUAACUAGUCUUAGCAAUUUUUUAUUGUUUAUAUCUAUGUGUACCACCAUGUGCAAUAUCAGUUUUCUUUUGUAAUAAUAAACGAAUAUAUGAAAA